AUGGGCCAGGCGGUUGUCGCGAACUUCAGACGCAUCGCCUGGAAGCUGCCGGUGCAGCUGAUCACGCAGAAACUGCUCGUCGAGGAGCUCGCAAAAGUGCUAGCCGAAGAUCUUGGCGAAGCCGACACCCCUGAACGCGCCGCUGUACGUCAGCAAGGCGCCGAGCGUUACGGAAAAUUUUUGGAGAAGCUAGAGGAGCUCCGAGCAGAAAACCAACUCCGAACAGACCAGAGCCCAUGGCUAUUUUGGUAUUACGAAAUCGAUGCCUUGUCGAAUCUCAUGCUGCCCACCUGGAUCAAGGCUCAAUACCCUGCCCACGAGCUGCCCAAGAAGCUCCGCAUCUCCCACAACAAGUAUUUUGAGCAGCUGGACAAGCUGGUCGGCGAGUACCCGGAGGAGGCGGUCGAAGCGGUGAUUGCCCAGCUGGUGCUCAACCGGAUUCACGAGAUUGGCGAGAAGUACGAGGAGAUCUACAAGAAAUGGAUGUCAAGGAAGACCGACAAGAAAAAGUAUUGCGCCGGAAAGAUGGUAGCUGAACAUCCCCGAUGGACCGACGCGCUGUCAUUGGAGCGCAUCUACAAGAAGCGCGACUUGGACAGCAUACCGAAGCUGAUGGACAAGGUGCGCGUGGCGUUCCGUGAGAUCAUCCACGAAAGUCCGUGGGCCGAUCCGCCCACCCAAGAGGUGGCCAUCGAAAAGAUCAACAACAUCUCGAUGCACGUGGGGUAUGCGCACGUCAUGUGGCCCAGGAGCAGGGUGGAGCAGUACUACGAGGGGUAUACCCCGGCCGACGCACCCGACUGGGCCACGUUUCGCGAAAAGCGCAAGCGGUGGACCGGCUUCAAGCAAUUCAAUGAUUCACUCGCCUCGACAAAUGCCGUCGUGAACGCCUUGAACACCUACGAUAAAAUUCGGAUCCUGUGGGGAAUCCUGGCCCCGCCCCUCUACUCGUCCACCGACGCCCUGGAGAUGAUCUACGGCGGCGUCGGGUUCACCAUCGGCCACGAGCUCGGGCACACCAUCGACCCGAAUAGUAUCGACCGUUCGCCUCCGGUGCUCAUCGGCGCCGAGGACGCCGAGCAGUUCGAGGAACAAGUCGAAUGCAUCCAACACCAAUAUGGCAAUCAGACGCUCCCGCUGAACACCCUAGACGACGUCUUCAGACAACCCGGAGACCUGACCCAUGGGGAGACGGUGGCUGACAAUGUCGGGUUGAGGUCGAGCUUUAGGGCCUACCGCAAGGAGCGCCAGCGCGUUUACGGCAAAAAGGAGAAGAGGCUCCCCGGACUCGAAAGCUACACCCCUGACCAGCUCUACUUUAUCGCUGCAGCCAUGUUCUGGUGUGGCGAGGCCAGCGAUGAUCGUCUAGUCGGCGCCCUCGAAAAUGUGCACCCGCCCGGCGUUUUUCGUGUCAAUGAGAUGAUGAAAAACUCGAACGAAUUUGCUCGCGCCUACAAGUGCCCGCUGAACUCGCCGAUGAACCCGGCGAAGAAGUGCCGCGUGUGGCGUCACAAGAAGAGACAC